AACAGGUGUUGAGGAAGUGAGUCACUCAUUUUUUAUUACCUUUUGACUGCAGUGCCAGUCAGUCAAGGCAACUGUUUUUGCACCUAUAGAGUCACUGAUUUCUAUCAAUUAUUUUCUUGAAAAAUUUAAUGCUCAGCAUCUAAAUUUUCAAGAAUCCUCAACGAGUAUUCCAUCAGGCUUCAAACAUGAACUCAAUUCCUGGAAUGGAGAAUGUGUUAAAUAAACUGCGCUCAACAAUGAGCAGUGCUGCUUCAAAUGCAGUUUCUAAUGCAGUUUCCAUAGCUUCUCAGGUGUCAAACUAUUUACCCGGCAACCCUGUGACUCGAGAAUUUGAAGCAAUUGCUCAUAUUGCAUCUGCUGGCCCAGGUUUGUCCUGGAAGAUCUACAGUGGAUACAAGAAGUCCAGUCACCAGGAUGUGUCUCUGUUUGUGUUUGAGAAAAGAUCUCUGGACCGCUGGGACCGGCAGCACCGGGACCUUUUUCUGGACCUGCUCAGGAAAGGCGUUGCACAGCUCACUCGUUUGCGGCACCCUCAGAUCCUGACCGUGCAGCACCCUCUGGAGGAGUCCCGGGACAGCUUGGCAUUUGCCACGGAGCCUGUCCUAGGUUCCCUUGCUAACGUCCUGGGCAGCGGAUGCCAUAACCUGCCCUCUCCUGUGCCUGCUGCUCUGCAGGGAUACAAGCUCGAGGACGUCGAGAUCAAAUACGGCUUUGUGCAGAUAUGUGAAGGCCUGCAGUUCCUAAACGACUCAGUGAAGGCGGUGCACUGCAGCAUCAGCCCCGACACGGUCGUCGUGAGCCAACACGGCGCCUGGAAGCUCUUUGGCUUUGAUUUCUGCCUCACCAACUCAGCCGCUUCUGAUGCCAAGCCGUCAUGGCAGUUCCCCGAGUACCGCCCCUCCCUGCCGCCCCCCUGCCUGCCCCCCCUCGAGUACCUGGCCCCUGAGUGUAUCCUGGACGAGGGGGGGAGCGUCGGCCCCCCUGCGGACAUGUACAGUGUGGGGGUGCUGGUCACGGCCGUGUUCAACGCUGGCCGCCCUUACACCGCCCAUAAAGGGGACAUCGAGGGCUACAAGAAGGCGUGGCGGGAGCUGGCGCGGGUGUCGGGACACCAGCUGACGGGUGUGCCAGAGCCGCUGCGUGAUGACGUCCGUCGUCUGCUCAGCCCCACCCCCAGCACCCGCCCCACGCCCCACCACUUCAGCCAGCUUGGUUACUUCAGUGACUUGAGUGUGAAGACGCUGAGUUACCUGGACCAGCUCUUCCAGUGGGACAACGUCCAGAAGAGUCAGUUCUACAAGGGCCUUCCGCAGCUUAUCCCGCAACUCCCACACAGGGUUGCUCUCCUGAGGGUGGUGCCGGCUGUGGUGCAGGAGACCGUCAACCCGUCGAUGGUGCCCUUCGUGUUGCCCGUCGUGCUGCUGGUGGCCGAGCGAGCUACUGACGAGGAGUUCGUCAAGCACGUCUUGCCUCACCUCAAGCCCAUCAUGAGGCUCACUGAGCCCGUUCAGGUGCUGGUGCAGCUGAUGCAGCAGAUGAGCUUACUGCUGACGAAGACACCUGCUAGUGACGUGCGCAGUGAUGUGUUACCACUGCUAUACAGGGCGCUAGACACGGACACUUCGUCCCUGCAGGAGCUGUGUCUCGCAGCCCUGCCCGCCUGCGCUAGACACUUGGACAAAACUACCAUGAAGACACAUCUCCUACCAAGGAUACAGAAGCUCUGUCUCUCCACUACUAACCUCUCGGUACGUGUGAGCUGCCUGGUGUGUGUGGGGCGCCUGCUGCCCCAGCUGGAUAAGUGGCUCGUGCUGGACUCCGUCGUGCCCUUCGUGACGCAGCUACCGUCCAGGGAGGCUCCUGUCAUCAUGGCCGCUACGGGUAUCCUGCAGGUAUCCCUGACGUCCUCGUCGCUGGGGCUAACGAAGGAGGUGAUGGCCACCAAGAUCCUGCCCUUCCUGCUGCCGCUGUCCAUCGAAUCCUGCCUGUCCAUCCAGCAGCACGCGACGCUCAUGAAGCUCAUCAGGGACAUGGUGGACAAAGUCGAGGCUGAGCAAAAGGAUAAACUUCAAUACCUCAACUCCAUCAAGGAUGAACAGAAGACUUUGCACCAGAUGAUGCCUGACGCGUCCAGCUCAAAGCCCAGCAUCCAGAGUGGCGGCCCAGACUCAGAGCUGGACUCUAUGUUUGCUGGGCUGGGGCUGGGUCAAUACGUGUCCCCCAGACACACGGGAGCGAAAUCCCCUAUCGUGUCCCCAGCUGGUCCCCCUCCUGGAGCAGAUUCCUGUGGGACUCUUACUCCCUCCUCCGCCGAUAAGAGCAGCGGCCUGGUCCCCAAGAGCAACAUCAGCCCCAAGGACCUUACGGGGAUUCUGCCUGCCUCCCCUCUCCCUCCUCCUCCCCAAUACCAUCUCGCCAACACCUCCCUAACGUCCAACUCUUUCACCACCAACAGCAACUCCUUCACCAACAGCAGCAACUCCUUCACCAACAGCAGCAACUCCUUCACCAACAGCAAUGCCUCCACUAACAGCAACUCUUUCACCAACAGCACUAAAGGCACUCCUGGACCCAUGAUCCUGAAAGCAACUGCCUCGUCUAACCUUACGAAAAAUCCUGGAGGCUUGGCCGCCUUUGAUGAUCUCUUGCCUUCGCCGCCUACUAAGUCUUUGCCCAUGGCUCAAAUGAAUGUCCAAGCCCAGACCCAAAAUUGGGCGCCUACAGGGACCAUGCAAGCACAAAAUUGGGCAGCAACAGGAGGCAUGCAAGCACAAAAUUGGGGUUCGACUGGGACCAUGCAAGCCCAGAACUGGGCCACGCCCAAUUUCAAUCAAGGCUUUGCAGUUAAUAAUAUGAAUUCCGCAGGUCCCGUGAACAUGAAUUCCAUGAGUAUCAAUACCAUGAAUAACAUGACUGUUAAUAUGAAUAAUUUGGGUGUGAAUUCCAUGAACAACAUGGGCAUGGGCUCUAUGAACAACAUGGCUAUGCCGACCAUGAAUAACAUGGGUAUUAAUUCGAUGAAUAACAUGAGUAUGAAUGCAAUAAAUGUGAUGAAUUCUGCCAUAUUAACUCCCCGACAAAAUGUGUCGGCGACCCAACAGAACCCGACGCCGGUAAAACCUCUGUCGUCGUCGGAUAUUUCCGACCUCUUGAGCUGAGAUUUUUGGCUUUAAUGUGCAUGCAACCCGAUAUCUUUAUGAUGCAACCCGAUAUUUUUAUGGUGCAACCAAACAUUGAUUUGGUACAACCCGAUAUUUUUAUGGUGCAACCCGACAUUUUUAUUGCGCAACCCAAUAUUGAUUUGGUGCAACCCAAUUUUCUGGGACAAACAUCGAACCUGAGCAGCUGCCUCCAAAGAACGGGGGGCAUAUUUAAUUAAGUUCACUUCUUUCAAUGUUAAAUGAUGAAGCUCAAGUUUGUAUUAAUCGUCUAUCUUCUAAUUAAUCAUGAAUUUCGUAAAUUUUCUAUAAUUUCGUACAUUUUUCCUAUAUUUUUCUACUCCUCUAUAUUUUGACUGAGCAAAAGUGACCACGUAAUAUCAAGUUGAAAUGUUUCUCGCUCUUGUGAGGGUGGCUUCAUUGUGAACUAUUCCUGACUAGGUGAACCUAGCGCAUUCAGCACCUAGAAGAUACUAGCGCAUUCGGCACCUAUAGGUGGACCUAGAUCAUCAGGCACCUAGAACUGCCUAGCGUAUUAGGCAUAUAGAGGUAGAAUUAGCUUAUCAGGCACCUAGAAUAACCUAGUUGUAUAUUAGGCACCUAUGGGUGGAUCUAGCAUGUUAGGCAAUUAGGUGGACCUAGAUCACUAGGGGUGGCUAACCUGUUCCUUCAGAUAAGAGCAAGCUAGUCGGACGUUAUCUCUUGCUCUGAUAAACCUUUAAUGGAUUUUUUGUCUAUAUAAUAAAUUCCGUUUAUGUAUGAACUUAUAUUUCACUAUGAACAAAUUCAUAAAAUUUCAUCAAUAGGUUUUUAAUUACUUCUGCAUUCGCCUCAUUUUUAAUCCAAUCUCCUUCUUUUAAUGAUAAUUGAUGAAGCUGAACAUAAUUCAAACAAUAUUAUCAAAGCUGCUUGAGUUUCUUGGACAAAGUCUUGCUCAUUUGUGCUGAUGUUCUUACGAUGGUGUUUGCAUUUCCUCUGAAAUAAAAUAGUGAAUAGUAUUGCUUUUUACUAGAACUAUUUACUCGUGCUGCACUGAAAUGAGCUGUAAUUUGAU